GGAGGAGCACGUUAGUCUGCGGCGAGCGAAGAGCACACUCGGGUGGGCGGAUCGUAGCAGUGACAGCGACGCUCUUGGACUCUCAACAAACUGUCAAAAAAAAGCCAACUAACGCCAUGGCGGAGUUAGACCUGAGUCUGAGCGACGCGCUGACGGAUAUCACUCCCCAGCCGGGCCCGGAGGACCUGGUGGAGAAGGACUUUGUGGCCCAGCAGGAGGCGGAGCCCUUCGACGACCAGGUGGGGGAGACGGUGGGGAAGACGGACUACGUGCCCCUGCUGGACAACGACGACACCAGGGCAGACACGGGUGUGACGAUGGAGAAUGGCGAGCAGGAAGCUCAUGGGGUGCAAAAGCCUGGUUGCAAGCUGACCGCGGGGGCACUGACGCCGCACCCAGAGCCACAGGGGGAGGUGCGGCCGCCAUCGCUGGACCAGCAGGAGGCCUCGGGUACCUCGGCUACAGACUUCCUAUCAGCCUCCAUGGCAAGUUAUUCAGAUCGUGUUGAUCCUCAGACCAGUCCUGGCCAUAUGAAGGAUACUGAUCGAAUGGGAGCUUUUCCAGGUGUACAGCCAGAUUUCUCCCAGACCGGUGGGAGGACCAUGGAUGUGGGGGCUGCACCCCUGUCUGCAGAGAGGAUUCAGCAUGUCACACCUGCAGCGGGUUCUGAAGCCCAGAAAGAGCACAGCCCCAUGCUGCCUGAACCCCAGACUCCUGGCAGCCCUGUGGAUCCGUCACCAGGUGCCUUAGGCUCCUGCUGGCCACACCCGGCUGACUGUCUACAGACAGACCUCCCUUUCAGCCCCAGCGUUUCCACGGUGAUCAGUCGCCACGCCCGCCAUCUUGCUGUCGGCCCCGACGUCCCCCCGGGCAGUUUGCCGAGCCGGGAGAGCGCCGCCCACGCUGGGGCCGACGAAAAGGAGGGAGACAGUUCAGACCGAAAACAGAAGAGGAAGAAGAAAAGGCGACAGAAGGAUGAGGGCUCUUUCGAGCACUUGGAGGGCAGGGGUCACCCUGAGGUGCAAACACAGGGAGAAAACACGCCCCCCACAGAGGAGUUCUACAACAGGAUUGGCCCAAGGCGGGAAAAAGGCGACGGCGGCUGGGAGGAGCAACUUGAGAAGAGUGGAGGCCGCGUAAAGAAGAGUAAAAGCAGGAAGAAGCUUCCGGAGGAGUGGGGAGUGUCAGCAGAACCAUUCGUCCCUUCGGCAGCAGCCACCUCUCUAGUCACAGAGGAGCCAAUGGCGGAAAUGACGAGUGCUGCUCAGGCUGACACAGAGGCUUCGUUUGAGGACAUGGACACCAGCACGAGGUCGUGGAAAGAGGAGGCCUACCCCGAAGAAGGCCUGGUCCCUUCCCCCCCGUCUCGGGACCUAUUCUCCCCCACCGUUGCUUCCAUUAACCCACUGGUGCUGAACAGCGAGCUGAAAGCCACUGCAGCUCCGUUCACCAUGCCCCCUUCCACAGCCAGUGCAACACCCGGCUCCCUCCCCAUGGCGGAUCCAUUCGACCUCCUGAUGGAUACUGAAAAUGCAAGCUUAGGCAACAGCAGCCAGGUGUUUUCUCCGGGUUGGGACCUGGUUGACGGCAGUCUGUGUAACGCAGGUUCCUUCCAAGAGUCCUGUGUGCGGGGCACGCCCGAGGGAGACGCCUCUGCCUUCACCCCCGCCUCCCCCCAGCCAUGCCCAGAUCUAUCCCCGCAAGUCAAGGUGUCCGCCUCGGCCCCGCCCCUCUCGCCCUCAGAUGCUUCAUUGCUCCUGAACGACCCCAACAUGAGCAGCAAUACCGAGCUAUUUGACUUCAGUUAUGUGGUCCCUUCAGGUCAACCUUUGACCUUGGGGUUGUCUCUUGAAACGCCUAGCCCCGCCCCUCUCCGCUCCCCCAAAACCACAGCGCAGGAAUUCCAACCUAAAGAGCACAAAGACGCCAAUUCGAACCAGAAACAACCCAAGAAGUCUCGUUCUUCAUCUUCCUCCUCCUCCUCUCUAAAGAGUCCCACCUCCCCAAGUGCAAAGGAUUUCCUUCCGCAAGCAUCCCCCAGCCCUCAGCCCGUCCUCCCCUCCAGCCCAGGAUCCGGGCUCAACCCCACAGCGAAGCCCUUCUUUCCCAGCUUUGCUGAUCCCUUGGAAGAACCAGCCGUGGUCCUUCCAGUUGCCCCCAUCAUUGAAGUAAAAUCUGACAAGAUGGAAAAAGCGGAGAAGGAAGAAAAGCCUCAGGAGGACGUAAAGAACGUGGACAUGUUCGACCCCCUGUCUGACAGAGCCGAGCAGAAGAGCGUGAAGGUGGAAUACGCAGCCACUGAGACCCCAGCCAAGGUGGAGAAAGAGAAGAAGACAGAGACACAGAAAGAGAUGGAGAAGGAGAAGGAGACAGAGAAGGAGAAGCAGACAGAGACACACAAAAAAGAGAUGGAGAAGGAGAAGGAGACAGAGACACAGAAAGAGAAGGAGAAGCAGACAGAGACACAGAAAGAGAUGGAGAAGGAGGAGGAGACAGAGACACAGAAAGAGAAGGAGACAGAGACACAGAAAGAGAAGGAGAAGCAGACAGAGACACAGAAAGAGAAGGAGAAGCAGACAGAGACACAGAAAGAGAAGGAGAAGCAGACAGAGACACAGAAAGAGAAGGAGAAGCAGACAGAGACACAGAAAGAGAAGGAGAAGCAGACAGAGACACAGAAAGAGAAGGAGAAGGAAAUGAAGGAUGCAGGGAAAGUUAAAGAGGAGAAAGUGAAGGUGACAGAGAAGGUGGACGAGAAGAAUGAGACAGAAGUGGAGAAGACCCAAGUAGAGAGCAAAGCGGAGAAAACCCAGAAUGUGGGAAGAGUGGACCAAAGCGCAAAGUCCACCGUGCACGAAACUGAGAAGCUGGAGAAAAGAGAGGCGAAGGACUGCACAGAACGCCACGCGGACAAAGCCCAGAAGACCCCGGAGCCACAGCCGGCACCCGUGGAGCCAGAUACCGCCUGUGACCGGCCGGAGAGCAAGGCCGACACGGACCCACAGGCGACGCCAGGACCGGGAGACGGCAAGGAGAAGGUGCACGCCGACCCGGCCAAGGGGACGGAGAAAGAGGACGAGGCGGAGAAACGGCAGCAGCGGGCCGUUCAGGAGGAGCAGAAGGACAAAGGGCCGGCCAACAAGAAGAUGGUGGAGAAAAAGGAUGACAAGAAGGACAAGGCCGCCGGACCGGACGGAGGAGACAAGGCCAAAAAAGCCAAACCUGCCACCAACGGGAGCAGCGCCCCGCCGGCAGACAGGAGGACAAAGGCGGCUGCCGGGGGCCCCAAACCCAGCGCUGCUGCUGCUGCUGCUGCUGCUGCUGCUAAGGCGCGCCUGGGCACCGCGGCUCCAGGGGGCCCAGCGCCGACUAAGCGCCCCGCAUCCUCCUCCACCACCGCCACUUCCAUCUCGGACAAAAGAACUACCGCAGCCAGAGCCCCGCCCACAGCCGCUGCCGGUCCAAAGCGCCCCCCCACCACCACCUCCAGCACCCGCCCUGCAUCCUCCACCACUGCCACGGCUGCAAGGGACGUCAGACCCAAGACGACUCCAGAGAGGCGCCCCCUUGUGCCGAAGGCCAGCACUGGCGCUCCAGCAGGCUCCACCGCUGCCACCAGAAAUGGAACCGCCUCAACGGCAGCCAGUAGAACCAUGACAUCGGCACGCACAGCGCCGCCUGCUCGCACCGCCACCACCGCCGCCGCAGCCAGAAGGCCUCUGGCCCCCAAGACGGACAGCAAAGCAGGAGAGGAGAAGAAGCCCGGUGCUCUGAGGACUUCUACAGCAGACCCUUCCAAGCCCAAGACCACCAGCGCCCCGGCUCUGCGCAGCACCGCUUCCACCGCCGCCGCCGCCUCUCGCGCCCGGAGCACAGCGGCCAAACCCGCCACGCCCUCCCCCUCCACCACCAGCGGCGCAGCGCCAGAGAAGAAGCCCACAGUGCCCCGCGCCCCUCGGCCCGCUUCCUCAUCCGCCGCCCCCUCCAGGACCACGGCUCGGCCCAGCGCGGCACCGGCCCCCGACAUCCGCAACGCCCGCUCCAAGAUCGGCUCCACGGACAACAUGAAACACCAGCCCGGGGGGGGGAAGGUGUCAUCCACCUCACUGAGUAGGGGCGCCGCCUCCAAAGAAACCAGCCAGAGCAAAGUUCAGAUAGUUUCCAAAAAGCUGGACUUCAGCCACGUCUCCUCGCGCUUGGGCUCCAAGGACAAUUUGAAGCAUGUUCCUGGUGGAGGGAAUGUGCAGAUCCUCAACAAGAAGGUGGACCUGAGUAAAGUGACCUCUAAGUGCGGAUCCAAGGACAACAUCAAGCACAAGCCUGGUGGCGGGAAGCUCGAGUCCCACAAAGUGAGCUUCAGAGAAAAGGUUCAGUCCAAAGGGGGCUCCUCGGACGCCUUGAGCCCUGCCGCCGCGGGAGGACACGUCGAGGCUGAGCGGGCCCAGAAGACACUGGAGGGGAGCGGCCCGGCAGCACCGGAGCCAGGGUCCGCAGGGGGCCCGUCCCAGGAGAACGGGCUGAAGGAGGGGGCUCGCUCUGACAGCGAGGGCCUCCAGGAGCCCCAGGCUCUGGACUCACGCAUCCCGGAGACAAAUUGAGUGUUUCGAGCUCAACUUCCGCGAGAAUGCUCGCUCUGGCACGGACCACGCCGCCGACAUCCUCACCCGGCCGCCCCUCCCCCCCCCACUCACCCCCCCCCCCCCCCCCCAACCCUCGCGACGAAGAUGACGCCCCGCCCACACAUGUCCACUCACCACCACAACCCCGCCAGCUCCGUUUUCUUCAGUGAAUGGACUUGCUCCCAUGAGCCUCCCCUCUGCCCCCUCCUCUCUUCAGGGGUGGGGGGUUCAGGGGGACAACAGCAGCUCCUUAAAGGGACCUCCACCUCCCUCCCCCCGCCCUGGCGGAGCCCUGAGAACUCUCACCUUUCACCUUCACUCUGUUUUUGAACGUUCCAAUAUCGACUUCAUGUUGCCACGCCUCCCCCCCCUCACUUCCAACUUCAUCCUCCUGUGCUAAUGAUGACCCCCCCCCCCCUCCCUCUCUCAAUGUUUGGCUAAAGUAAGUGACUGUAAGCUUUGGCCUCUGUGGGAAUCUAUGUGGCAUGGAAGGUUUUUCCAUGCCUCCUAACCGGCUGACCUGUAAUCAGUGGGAACCCUUCCGCGUGAACUGACACCCCCCCCCCCGCACAAUCGCACCCUCGACACACACCAAUAAGCACUGCUUCUGUUCUCCUCGUGACCCCGGUGACCUUCUGUAACCGCAUCGUGCAUCCCAAUGGCUCCAUCUGCGUCGAGCUCCCCCCCCCCC